GCUAAGAUAGCUGCGCUAUAGACUUUUUUUUGAUUUCAAUAUAAAAAAAAAAAGGAAAAUGAUUCACUCGGCUUCUCGAAAGCCUUUAAUGGUAAAACUCGGUUUGCAGAUUGAUCAGCUUGAUUAUAAAUACAUUGAAACUUGUUGUGAUAGCAAACAACUUGAAAAGAUAUUGCAAGUUCUAGAAAGCGGAGAAGAAGGAAUAUACCCAGAUUUAACAAGGUUCUGCAAAAGCAGAUUGAAAGAAGUAUCUCCGAAUAGUAAGUUCGUGCAGCCUUUGGUAAAAAUAUCUAGCUAUGCAGAUCUCUCUAAAGAAGAAAGUGACAGAAUUCAAAAGGACAUGCAGAACUGGUGUGACACUUUUUCACAGCAGGAAACAAACAAGCUACAUGGAGUCAUUUCUGCAACAACAGAUAACUUACCACCAAUAAGGAAAAAAACAGUUUUGUCGAAAGAAGGAAGUAACGCGGAAAAACUAACAUUGGGACAAAAUUCAUCAACAUUAAAGAGAUGCAAACCUCGUAGUUUUAAAGAUUGGGACAAAUUUAACGUUGAAGAAGAAUUAAAGAAAUUAGAUGAAGAAAAGCCUGAAAGCUUACAUGAAAAAGAAGAAGCAAGAAAGCAUUUGGAUUUAGAUACAAAAAUUCCUAUUUCUGGUUUAUCUGAAAGAGAAUGUGAACAUAUUGCCAAUUUAGAAAAAACCAAAGGAAAUGAAGCUUUUAAAGCUAGAGAAUAUGAAGAAGCUGUGCUAUACUACACACGGAGUCUUUCAGUGUUCAAAAUGGCCUCGACGUUUAAUAACAGAGCACAAGCAUGUAUGUUCUUAAAAAUAUUUAUGAAAAUUAUUCGAUUUGGUUUCACAUUUUCCUCAAGAAGAAUAUUUGAAGAUAUCAAACUGGCAAAUUACCCAGCAGCAAUAUUUGACUGUAAUGAAGUAAUAAAUUUGGAACCAAACAACAUAAAAGCAUUAUACAGAAGAGGUUUAGCUUAUAAAGAAGGAGAAAUUUAUGAUUUAGCCAAGCUGAAUUUUAAACUGAUUUUGAUGAUCGACCCCACAAAUAAAUCAGCUAAGGAUCAGCUUGAAGAAAUAAAGAAGUUACAGUUACAAAAAAGACCAGAAGAACAGCGUGCCAUGAUUGAAGAAAUUGAAUCUACACUCGCAGAUGAAGAAAGCAGUAAAGAAUCCAAUAUCACAACAAAACAAGAAUCAAGUACCAGACUCGCAAUACAGGAGAUUGUAAGCAAUAGUCAGCAUCAGCAAACACUUGACGAAAUCUGCGGAAAUUAUAAAGCUGAAGAUGACAUUCCGUCUUUGUCCCAAAAGGCAAGAGAGAUUUUAAGUAUUUUUCCACAAAAAAAAGACAAAACUGAUUCAACUAAUUCAUUAAAUUCGAAGCGUACUUGUAGUAAAAAAAAUGAUAUAGAAGAAAUGGGACAUUCCUUUACUUACAUUAUCACUGAAGACUGUAUUGAAAAUACUAGGAAGAAGCUGGAAGAAAACAGUUCUAAAAAGACCAAUUCGAAAUCUCCAGUCGAAGCAGAACAGCCACAAAAAGAAUGUAUGGACAUUCGGAUCGAAAGUAAUUCGUCUCCUAAAAAUGAAAACUCUUCAGUUUCUGAGAAACAGGAUUUCUCAGUCCCAGGAAAUAAAACUAAUCUUAAGAAUAAAAAAAAUUAUAUCAUGCUAGAAGGAAUUAAAACGCGUGAAACUAAAGCUAUAAAACAAAUUUGGAACAAAAAUGAAAUGAAAGCGAAUGAUUCAGAAAGCAUUUAUAAAGAAACGGUUUCCCAAAAUUAUGCAAAUAAUGAGAAAGUAAAACUGGAAUUCACUUCUCCUACUCAUUCAAAUUUCUUAAAACUUAAGCCAAUUGAAAGAAAUACAAUUAAAUUUCGCACCAAGAAAAAGGUUACACCAUUUGAAUUUCUUCAAAUAUGGUAUUCUAGCAAUGCAAAUUCUGACAGUAAUAUUGGUGCUCAAUGUCUGAGUUUAGUAAAACCUGAGGAGUUCCCUACUAUGGUCACGAAUAAAAUUGAUGGUUAUAUGUUAAAUGGAUUACUUAAAGCUAUUUGCAACAUCAUCACAACAGGAGAAUCAGAAGAUGGCAUAAAAUACCUACAGUUCUUAACAAAAAUCCCUCGUAUAAGUACAGUAGCAAUGUUUCUAUCAGCUGAAGAAAAGAAAGGUAUUAAUACUUUAUUUUCAAUCAUGGAAAAUGAACAUGGUGUGGACAUGAUUUCAAUUAAAAGAAUUUUGAUGAUUUAAAAACACAACAAAAGUUUUCUGAAAGUACCGUUGGUAAGUAAUUAAAAAUAUCACUGUUGGUAAGAAUGUAGGACUGCAAAAGAAAGGUGUCACAAAAAUCCACUUCCCAACAAAAUGAAUUCCUCCUUUACAUGGAGAAUAAAUGUUACAUGAAAAAAUAAUAAUAAUAAUAAUGACUAGAAUAUUACAAAACAGUGAAUGUACAAUCAGUAUAUAUUUGGAUAUUACACAGAAAAUGUGAUAAUAAUCUAGUUAUUAAUAGUUCAACUAAAAUGCUGCCAAAUUAAACAAAUACAUACAUAACAAUCAUCAUUUUUGUGAUCUAUGAAAAGUAAAGAAUUAGCUUUUGGAUGCAAUACUUUGCAAGCAACCACUUUGACACAUUUGUUUACAUCUUUCUUCUUACAUCAUCAUUUUCAACAAUAGAUAGCAAUUACUAUGUUAUUAUUAAAAUGAAAAUUGAAGAAGCAAAUGUUGAAAUCAUUAAAUCUAAAUGUCAAAAACUUGGAUGACUAAAGCAAUGAACAGCAUGAUGACCUACCUGUGCUUGUGACUAAUUAUGAGGUAUCACUUUAUGCAAAAAGGAAGAUAGGAAGCUCUACAUCUGCACAGAAUAUAAGUGCAGAUCUUGUAAAACUGGAAAAUUUCAGAAGCAAAAGACAAAUUACACUCAAUGCAUUUUUUUAGAAUGUGAAAUGGUCAAAUUUAUCAUACAUGUAUUAUUUUUUCCCUAUACAAUUUAUAGUACAAAUAUUUUCUGCAUCUACUCGAAUUAGUUCAUUAAAUUGGGGCAAAAUGAACUAGUCUCAGCUACUCCCUAUUAAAUGGAAUCAGCUGUAUCUCAAAGAGUGUGUACUGAAAGAAAAGUUUCAAGACUUUAGAAUGCAGCAAAUAUUACAAAGCGGGGAGGAGUCCAGUUUUCAAAAACUUUCUAUCUUAAUGUUUAGUAUGUAUAUCUAUUAAAACAAAUGAAAAGGCAAGACCAGUGAUAUGACUGUAAAAUGUAAUUUUAGUUCAGCUUAUGGAGUAACAGAUUUUAAGAAAAUGAGCAGUACAUGAUAAAAAUCCAAAUUAUCUAUUUACAAACUUGCUAGCUAAAAUUCUGAGAUAUUAAGUGUACAGUUGGUUAGAUUAAUGACGACUCAGGGGGGGAAAAAAUUAAUUUUACUUGUAAAAUGCUGGCCUAAAUUUUGUUAAAUUCAUUUCUAAAUUUAAUACAUAGAAAGGCAUUUUUCAAUUAGAAAAGAGAAAAACUAAACAAUGGUUAGUUUAUUUAUCUUCCGAUCAAAAAUAAAAUGAUUAAUAAGCAAUUAAAGAAGAAAAUAUUAAUAUUUAUUUCUGAAUUAGAAAAAUUUUAUCUUUUCUAUACAUAAAUUUAGUUUUUUUUUUUUUUUUUUUCCUCUCUUUUUUAAACACAUUAAAGACCAGAAUUCAAAUACGAUGUUCAUUUAAAAAUUGUUCUCAUUUUCUACACUCAUUAGAAGGAUGCUGUAUGAAUUUAAUCAUAUCUGAUUUUCCUUUAUAUCUACUGAUAUUUUCUUUAUUUCUACUGAUUAGUCUGACUUUUCUUUAAGCCUACUAACAAGUUUGAAAAUAAUUUGGUAAUAAUAGAUGGAUCAAUAUUAAAUGCCAUACUGAUAUUGAAGGUAAUCACGUGAGUCACCGAGUCACACUGAAAUCAUGCACAUUUAAGGUUCUCUAGCAUUAAAAUUUGUUAACAUUUAGCAUCUACUUUUAUAUUAUAGUUAUAAUACAUCAGCACAGAGUAAAAGAAUUAUAACUUAUUUACAAAUUUCAUAGUUCACAACCAUAUAAAUAUGCAUCCCAAAAAUGUGCACUAGCCUUUAAUGCACAAAAUGUAAUUUUAGACAUUUCAAUUUCAUUACAUAUCUUAUUCAUUUAAAUACGGUUUGAUAUUUUCACUAGAGUAAACAUGCUGACAUAAACUACCGUAUUUAAUGGGAUAUAAGACGCACCCUUAUUUAGAAGGCCACACACAAGGAAAAAAAGU